UAUAUAGAGAUGCUUUCAUGUACAAGAGAUUAAUUCAACUUUGAAAUCUUCCCACUCCAAAUGCUCAACUUGUCUUAUUAUAUAUCUCAAACCAAAUCUACAAUAAUAAGGACAAAUUGCACUAUAGCAACCUUUUCUAUCAUCACAAUUCUUCUUCUUUUAACAACAAAAACUCAAGAAAAAAUGGAUGUUUUCUACUCCAUGUUGACUUUCAUAGCCUUCACUUUUCUAGCUCUUUUCCUAUUCAUAUGCUUCAUCCUGAUGACAAUCUUCAAAGGAAAAUCCAUAGGGGACCCUAAAUAUGCACCUAUUAAAGGCACUGUGUUCAACCAAAUUUUCUACUACAAGAAACUCCAUGAUUACCAUACUCAAUUGGCCAAAACUCAUCCAACUAUGAGGCUUCUUGCUCCAUAUUUAAGUGAGUUGUAUACCAUAGAUGUGAGAAAUAUAGAACAUGUAUUGAAAACCAACUUCGAUAAAUAUUCUAAAGGUAAGCAUAAUCAAGAUGUUGUGACUGAUCUUUUGGGUGAGGGGAUUUUUGUUGUUGAUGGUGAAAAAUGGAAGCAGCAAAGAAAAGUUGCUAGCUAUGAAUUCUCCACAAGAGUUCUUAGAGAUUUUAGUUGUUAUGUUUUUAGAAAGAACGCUGCAAAAUUAGUUAAAUUUAUAUCGAAAUUUUCUCAUGAGGGUCUUCAUUUUGAUAUGCAAGACUUACAAAUGAGAUGUGCUUUGGACUCGAUAUUCAAAGUUGGGUUUGGAACAGAAUUGAAUUGCUUAGAGGGAUCAAGCAAAGAGGGAAUUGAAUUCAUGAAAGCCUUAGAUGAAGCAAACGCUAUAAUUUACUGGCGCUUCGUUGAUCCUUUCUGGAGCCUUAAGAGGUUUCUAAACAUUGGUGGUGAAGCGAAGCUUAAGCGCAAUGUGAAAUUGAUAGAUGAAUUUGUGAAUGGAGUCAUAAAGACUAAAAAGGAACAAUUGACACUUCAGAAAGAUUCUAAUGUUAAAGAAGACAUACUAUCAAGGUUUUUGAUGGAGAGCAAGAAAGGCGAAACAAAUAUAUAUUAUUGAAGUUUCACAAGGUUUAAGUUUCCGAGCUGUUAGAUGUAUAAUUGUGUUUGAAUACUAUCAUCCUUGAGUUAGUUUUUGAGACGUAGUAUUUAAAUACAAGGUGUAUUUUGUAAAUCUGAAGCAUGAAUAAUGGAAAAGUACUAUUGUCGCUA